AUUGGAGUGUGCAUUACACACUCGUUCCGUUUCAAGCCGACUCAAGCCAAAUCAAGCCGAGCCGAGCCGAGCGGAUUUCAAUUGAAAUCCUUAUCAACUACGGACCUUUACACAUGGUCAAAGUAUACUUCAAGCCUCGAUUAUACCGUUGAUCUUUAUCCUCGUACAAAUCUCACCGUCCAUCGUCCCUCACCUACUCAUCAUCAUCCUCCUUACCCUACACCACCCCACACUAGAACUCAAGCUCCACUCACAGUCGGCACUAGGCAGCCAUGAAAGACUUCAACAACCUCCUCUCUCUCUCCACUUUUAAUUUUUAGGGUUUUUUAUUUUUUCUUUUCUUCUGGUAUAUCGUGAUGUAUAUAGCGAUUACCAACUCAUCAUCUUCAUCUGCAAUUCUUAGAGCUUCUUCUAAAGUUCGUUUCUCUACUUCUCUUCAACCCAAACCUUGUCUCGUCAGAGCUUCACUUCUUUCUUCGCCGUUCAGAUCGGUCAGCACUUCAUCGGCGUUCCGUUCUGUAUCACGGUGGAGUCACGGUGUUGAUUGGAGAUCCAGUGUUACUUCUAGGGCUCAGAUCGUAGCAGUUGCUCCUGUCGUUCAACAAUUCCAACGAAAGAUCGCUACCAUGGCUUCUGAAAACCCUUUCAAAGGCAUAUUCACCAGUCUCCCCAAGCCUGGAGGAGGAGAGUUCGGAAAGUAUUACAGUCUUCCUGCACUAAAUGAUCCACGAAUUGACAAGCUACCAUACUCUAUAAAAAUCCUUUUAGAGUCUGCCAUACGCAAUUGUGAUGACUUUCAAGUUACCAAGAAUGAUGUUGAAAAGAUCAUCGACUGGGAAAAUACUUCACCAAAACAAGUGGAGAUUCCAUUUAAACCUGCUCGUGUUCUCUUACAGGAUUUUACUGGAGUUCCAGCUGUAGUUGACCUUGCUUGUAUGCGAGAUGCUAUGAACAGACUCGGUGGUGACUCCAAGAAGAUCAACCCAUUGGUGCCAGUUGACCUUGUGAUUGACCAUUCAGUUCAAGUUGAUGUUGCAAGAAGUGCAAAUGCUGUUCAAGCAAACAUGGACCUUGAAUUUCAACGCAACAACGAACGAUUUGCUUUCCUUAAAUGGGGAUCACAUGCUUUUGACAACAUGCUUGUUGUCCCCCCUGGUUCUGGUAUUGUUCACCAGGUAAAUUUGGAGUAUCUUGGUAGAGUUGUGUUCAACACUGAUGGCGUUCUCUAUCCAGAUAGUGUUGUUGGAACUGAUUCCCACACAACUAUGAUUGAUGGAUUGGGAGUAGCUGGUUGGGGAGUAGGUGGAAUUGAAGCUGAAGCAACUAUGCUUGGACAACCCAUGAGCAUGGUUUUACCUGGUGUUGUUGGCUUCAAGUUGUCUGGAAAGUUGCAAAAUGGUGUCACAGCUACUGAUUUGGUGUUAACCGUGACCCAAAUGUUGAGAAAGCAUGGUGUUGUUGGCAAAUUUGUUGAGUUCUUUGGUGAGGGUAUGAGUGAGCUGUCUUUGGCUGAUAGAGCAACUAUUGCAAAUAUGUCACCCGAAUAUGGUGCAACCAUGGGCUUUUUCCCUGUAGAUCGUGUCACACUUCAAUACCUUAAAUUGACAGGAAGAAGUGAUGAAACUGUGGCUAUGAUUGAAGCAUACUUGCGAGCAAACAACAUGUUUGUUGAUUAUAGUGAGCCUCAACAAGAGAAAGUUUACUCGGCUUAUCUACAGUUGGACCUAAAUGAUGUUGAACCCUGUAUUUCUGGUCCAAAACGGCCACAUGACCGUGUACCCAUAAAAGACAUGAAGGCUGACUGGCAUGCAUGCCUUGAUAACAAAGUUGGAUUUAAGGGCUUUGCAGUUCCAAAAGAGGCACAAGAGAAAGUUGUGAGCUUUCCAUUUAAUGGACAAACUGCUGAGCUGAAGCAUGGUAGUGUUGUGAUAGCAGCUAUUACAAGCUGUACAAACACAUCAAACCCUAGUGUAAUGCUUGGAGCUGGUCUUGUUGCCAAAAAAGCUUGUGAACUUGGUUUGGAGGUCAAACCAUGGGUAAAAACCAGCCUUGCCCCUGGUUCUGGGGUUGUCACAAAAUACUUGCUCCAGAGUGGUCUGCAAAAGUACUUGGACCAGCAGGGAUUCAGCAUAGUGGGCUAUGGCUGCACUACAUGUAUUGGAAACUCAGGAGAUCUUCAUGAAUCGGUUGCAUCAGCAAUUACUGACAAUGAUAUUGUUGCUGCAGCUGUGCUUUCCGGAAACCGAAACUUUGAAGGGCGUGUUCACCCACUGACAAGAGCCAACUACCUUGCUUCACCUCCUUUAGUCGUGGCGUACGCACUUGCUGGCACGGUCGACAUCGACUUCGAAAACGAACCAAUAGGGACCACAAAGGACGGAAAGAAUGUCUACUUUAGAGACGUUUGGCCAAGCACCGAAGAAAUCGCUCAGGUGGUUCAAUCAAGCGUGUUGCCUGAUAUGUUCAAAAGUACAUACAACGCAAUCACACAGGGCAACCCCAUGUGGAACAAGUUAUCUGUCCCAACAUCAAGUCUCUAUUCAUGGGACCCUAACUCAACCUACAUUCACGAACCACCAUAUUUCAAAGACAUGACCAUGGACCCACCAGGCCCCCACGGGGUCAAGGACGCUUACUGUUUGCUAAAUUUCGGUGACAGCAUCACCACCGAUCACAUCUCGCCAGCUGGCAGCAUCCAUAAAGACAGCCCUGCUGCAAAGUUCCUCCUUGACCGUGGCGUUGACCGUAGAGACUUCAACUCCUAUGGCAGCCGUCGUGGCAACGAUGAAAUUAUGGCAAGGGGCACUUUCGCAAAUAUUCGCAUUGUUAACAAGCUUUUAAAUGGUGAAGUGGGACCCAAAACUAUCCACAUUCCUACUGGAGAGAAGCUUUCCGUGUUUGACGUUGCAACGAGGUACAAAGAAGCGGGGCAGGAUACUAUUGUCUUGGCGGGUGCAGAAUAUGGAAGUGGGAGUUCAAGGGACUGGGCUGCAAAGGGACCAAUGUUGCAGGGGGUGAAAGCGGUGAUAGCAAAAAGUUUUGAGAGGAUUCAUAGGAGUAAUUUGGUUGGUAUGGGGAUUAUUCCACUGUGCUUCAAGGCAGGUGAGGAUGCGGAGACGUUAGGUUUGACCGGUCAUGAGCGUUACACUAUUGACUUACCUUCAAAAGUUAGUGAGAUAAAGCCUGGCCAAGAUGUUACUGUUACAACUGAUAAUGGGAAAUCUUUCACGUGUACAGCUCGAUUUGAUACUCAGGUGGAAUUGACGUAUUUUGAUCAUGGUGGUAUUCUUCAAUAUGUCAUCAGGAAUUUGAUUAAGGAAUAAAGGCUUGCUUUGUUAAACUGAACUUCUGAAAUCCUACAUCAAUAAUCUCUCCACAUCUUUCCUUUUCUGAAUAAUGUUGGAACUUGUGUUUGCUUUUGGUUGCUUAUUCUUGUGGAUAAUAUAGCGAUUUCAUUUCAUCCUACGAUAAUGAGUUUUUAUUUCUUUCUUCUUUUUAUUUAUUUAUUUAUUUAUUUCGGGUUUUAGUUGGAGUUAACAUGUGAUUCCGGUAUGUCAUGGUUGAGUUGUUGCUUUCAGCCAAUCACUGUUUCUAUGAUAUUUGAAUCUUUCCUUUGUCUGCAGAAAGAGAAGGUUCUAAUUCCUUCUCUAUUCUCUGUUGGUAAUGAUUAUGUAUAGGGAUGAGCAAAAGGACCGAACCGGUCCGAACCGGGAACCGGCUUCGGCCAAAUGAAGAACCGAACUGGC